UCGUUUCGGUGCGUGCCAGAAGCAGCAGCAGCAACAACAACAACGUACAACAGCCCCAUUUCUGUCGCUACGUUCACCAACUUCACAGCUUUCGGUGGACGCUCGCUCGCAGUGUCACGGCGACAGUGAAGAAGUAAAGUUCUUGGGCGCGCGCGCGUUAACGUUCGUCCCGGCGGUUUCGUUAUUGUUUCUGUUGUUUUAUAUUUUUUUCAACACUACGGUGCCUCGUUUGCCACUGGGCAAGUGAAUCACAGUGUCGGUGAAGUCGCACGCAUAGAUCAGCUCGCUGUAGAACAAAGUCCAUCUGCUGGACUCAAAUUCGCUUGUUGCCCACUAAUUGCCCGGGUGCUGGAAGAGUAGUUGGUGAUAGAAACGCGCAUUUCGCGAAUCAAGGGUCCUUUUGCUGUGUAAGUGUUCGUGUGUGCGUGUGCGGUAUAGAAGCGUGAGAAGGAAGAAAGUGUGUGUUUACAUUUUGCGCCAUCCGGUGGUACUCAUCUUCGUAAGCGGAUCGUAAAAUAAGCCAAGAACGCGUCAUCAUCUGUCCUGGAACGUACAAAUCAAACGCUGACGCAUCGGUCCAGCCAGGGAACGCGUUUCGCUUUUUGAGCUUACUACAGCAACAGCAGCAGCAAUAAAGAAAGGACUCUCGACUUCCCGGAAACAUGGACAGUCGAGGCCCAACGACGACAGUUCGAGCUGGUGCACCGACAGCCGUCGUCGGUACGUCAAGGCUGGCACAGAUGCAGAUGCGCUUCCAGCAGCGCCAACAGCAGGAACGUGACCAGCGAAAGAUAGAGCAGAUUGCGACGAGGACGACCACUACCACGGGUACGGUGGCCAUUGCUUCGUCGAACGGAGGCCGCACGGCAACGACCGCGACCGCGACGAGCGGUAGCGCCGUAAGUGCAACGGUUGAGCUCACGGAGCGGCUCAAUGCCACCAGCCUGUCGUCCACGCUCGGUGCGGGCAAGGUACGACAAAUGUUCGACGAACGCCGUCACCGGGUGGCCGGCAUCGACAAAAGCUACCCACUGCAGCCGAUCCAAACGACUUCCACCGUACCGGUAGCCCAUGGUAACCACGCGGUCAACGGUAACACCAGUAACAACGGCAACGAUGGUGGUGCUUCCCUGGCGCGUGGUAUGGCCAAGACGGGCCUGAACAACAAACCACGUGUCCCACCAAUAUCGGCCAGUUCCCGGACUCGCCUGAUGCAGCAGCAGGCACAAGCGCGUGGGCCGACGAACCUACGUCAGGACAGUCUCGUGGGCAUGCAGCCCAAUCGCACCAACAACGGUGGAGACGCCCUGGACCCGAACGGUGCUGGCUAUGAUGACAACGAUAAUUUUCUGGAACUGGAAAAGUUUCCAGACACUGUGCCAUUCGACGAAGAUGCAUUGGAUUCGGCAGAUCGUGUAAAUGUCCUCAACGGAAACGGCGUGGUGACGAAGCCGGGUAAGACACAUGCAGUCACCGCGACGAAGCCCAUCGCACCUAGCAACACUAUUCAAAAGUCCUCAAAAAAAUCACCGGCUACUUCGUCCAGCAGUGUGCCAGCCGCUCGCUCUCCAAACGGAUCUGCCAAAUCCGGAGUUGCCACACCACGAUCCACGGUGCCAUCGGGUAGAUCGAACGGACCAUCGCGCACGGUCACACAGCCCACCAGCCCGUCCAGUUCUGCCGGAUCGGUACGCCGUCCCUCGACUGUAUCCAGCAGUAUGCAGCACGCCAACGAACCCGUCCCGGACGGUUUGACGCGGUGUGACAUCUGUAGCCGCAACUUUGCCACCGACCGGAUCGACAAGCAUCGGCAAAUCUGCCAGAAGACAAAGUCCAAAAAGCGCAAAGUGUUCGACAUUACCAAGCAUCGGGUGCAGGGUACCGAUGCCGAAAGCUUCGUGCUGAAGGGCAAAAAAUCAUCCACGGGACCGGCCGGUUCCGUUGCUAGCAGGAAACAAUCUAGUCAGCUGUCGUCGGUUAGUAGCGUCGGGGCAGCUGCUGCUGCUGCUGCCGGUGGAAAACAGAGCAACUGGCGUAAGAAGCACGAGGAGUUUAUCGCAACGAUCCGUGCCGCCAAGGAGAUGAAAGCUCAUCUGGCCCGGGGUGGAAAGCUGUCCGAUCUGCCACCGCCGCCACCGUCCGAAAAUCCGGACUACAUCCAGUGUCCGCAUUGCUCGCGUCGCUUCAAUCAGACUGCUGCCGAACGACACAUUCCCAAGUGUGCGACGAUGCUGCACAACAAACCGAAACCGAAACCGAAGGCAGCAUCCACCAUUCGAAGAUACUGAAUCAACUCCGGUACUUUGUAACGCAUCAUCUAAUGCUUCACUUGUUGUUUACCUAUUCUAUUCGAAAUUUUGCCUCACCUGGAUCUGGUUGCUGCGAACAAAAUUUGAACAUGUGUACAAACUAACGUAAAACUGCUCUCCAUUUCACCCUUUUGCAAAUUAUCUAACAACAAUAUACUAUAUCCAUACAUCAUACAUGAGACAAUGCAAACGAUAAUCAGCCUCAGCCCCGUAUACGUAUACUAGCAGCCCAACAAAGCUUACAUCCAGCAGAAGUAGAAGAACGGAACAAGGCAACAUGAUACGACGAUGGCGAACACGUGGCGAACCGGCAACAACAAAACUAUACUAAAAACUGGCUGUGUGUGUGUGUGUAAGUGUGCACGUGUGCGUGAAUACGUGUGUGCCCGCCUGUUGGUUCGAAAUGGUUCGAAAUUCGAAGCGCCCGUUAUGGAUGUAUGCUAUUUUCUGAGGAAGCGAAUAAAAUCGAACGAAAAAUCCACA